GCGCGCCACCUCUUGACUGCAUCCCUCGUCUUCCCCCUCCAUCACACCCUUCGCCACGAUGAGCCAACGAAAAGUCACGACUCCCUCGAAAGAUGCGCAGAUGCAGGAAGCGAAAGAGCACUCGCUGCAGCAAUACGUGGACACGAAUGGGCAUUUCUCGCUCGUCCGGAACUUCCGGCUGGCCGACCUGGUCACUAUCAUGAACGGGGUCUGCGGAUCGCUCUCCGUGUUCUCCUCCGCGCGCUAUUUGCUGUCCAAUGACCCGGACUACCUGUGGGCCGCGCUCGGGCUUCCCCUCGCGGGCCUGAUCUUCGACUUCAUGGACGGGAAGGUCGCGCGCUGGAGGCAGGAGAGCAGCAUGCUCGGGCAGGAGCUGGACAGUCUGGCUGAUCUGAUUUCCUUCGGUGUCGCUCCCGCGCUCGUGGCCUUCACCGUCGGCCUGCGCACCUACCUCGACACGGUCGUAUUGACUGCAUUCAUUUGCUGUGGUCUUGCCCGCCUCGCCCGCUUCAAUGCGACGGUCGCGCUGAUCCCGAAGGACACGAAGGGCAAAUCCAAGUACUUUGAAGGUCUCCCCAUCCCCUCUUCACUCGGCCUCGUCGCUGUUCUCGCGUACUGGACCAAGCAGGGAUGGAUCGAGGGACAGGAGGGCCUACCGUGGGGCACCAUCACGCUCUGGGGCGCAGAAGGCGGGCGGGGCGAAAUCCAUCUCGUCUCCGUCGUCUUCGGCCUGUGGGCCGCAGCCUUCGUUAGCAAGACGCUUCACGUCCCCAAGCCUUAGAGUGGAGGGCAGCUCCAGCGCCAAAAGGGGGCGCACAUCAUAUGCACGACGAGUAAUUCACGCUGAGGGACUGGCGUGCUGGUGGGGGAAGUAGGCCAGCGCGACAUGAUAACAGAGACGAUCUGACGACAAUGCUUCAAGUAAAAUACUGUACCCGAGGUUCAACAUCCUAUAGUACCGUUAUAUACCGCUAUUUCGUGUCUAUCUCGAGGGCUGGGACCGCCUGCAAUAGGACAAUGGACUUCGAGUUGAUCUUUGGCGGUGCGAGCGGCUUAUUCUCCCGAAAAG